AUGCACCAUUGCGGGCAGGUGACCCUGGAGCAGGUAGGCGAGCUGUCCGAGAUAUUCCAAUGGCGCGGCGAGGUGGCCGAGGGCCUGCCAGACUUCUCGCCAGCGGACCGGGAGCACGUCGGCGAGGAGCUAUCAGACGUGCUGCUGUACCUGGUGCGUCUGGCUGAUGUCUGCAAGAUUGACCUUGCCGCCGCUGUCCAGGACAAGCUCAAGAAGAACGCAGCCAAGUGA